UAGGCUAAAUCGCAUUUAACUAUAAGUAAUAAAUGGGCAGAUGUUGUUCGAUGUUAUGGUUUAACGCAAAAUCCAUCAAAUGGAAAUUAUAUGCUUGUAAUGUAUAAAAUGGAUAUGGAUUUAAGAAAAUAUUUACAACAAAAUCAUAAUCAACUUACAUGGAAAGAUAGAAUGAAAAUUAUUGAAGAAAUAACUGCUGCACUUUAUUAUAUUCAUAAAGAGAAAGCAAUUCAUAGAGAUUUGCAUUCUGGAAAUAUAUUAUAUUUACAAUAUAAUAAUUCCUGGUGUAUUAGUGAUCUUGGAUUUUGUGGACCUGCUGAUAAAUCUUCAACAAGUAUAUAUGGAAAUCUUCCAUACAUAGCACCCGAAGUUAUUGUUGGAAGAGAAUAUACUUUUGCAUCUGAUAUUUAUAGUAUUGCAAUUCUUAUGUGGGAAAUUUCAUCUGGACAAACACCAUUUAUAAAUUAUGAACAUGAAAAUGACAUUGUAAUGAAUAUUAUUAACGGUAUAAGGCCAAGAAUUGUGCCAGGAACUCCAUUAGAAUAUAAAAAUUUAAUGAAAGAAUGUUGGGAUGUUGAUCCAUUAAAAAGACCUGACGCUUAUGCACUUGCAAUUAAAGUGAAUGAACUUAAUUUAUAUUUUCAAAAUAUGACAGAUGAAUUAUUCAAAUCAGAAAUGGAUAAUUUAGAAAUGAAUAAAGUAGAAGAAAAUUAUACGAGUAGCAGAUUAUUUACAAGUAAAAUUCACAACUUUGGAAAUCUACCUGAACCAAGAAAUGCAACAGAAGGUAUAUAUAAGUGUAUAAUAUUUUAUUAA